AUUGAAUGAAUGUUUGUUGUAUAUUAAAAAAAAAGAUGAAUUUCGAACAAAAAUAAAAAAAAGUUGCAUAUUGUAGGCCUUUAAUAAUGAGCUCAAAACGUUAGCACAAAAACGUUAUUUAUACAUUAUUCAUAGAACGUUUUGAACGUUCAGAAAUAACGUCGCGAACGUUAGAAAAACGUUCUUCGAACAUUUUUUUCUUGUCCGAGUAACUGCUGAUGAGUUUACAGGUCUCUGGUGGAGGACGCAUCUUUAUAGUCACAGUUGUGGUUUAGUCUCUUUAACUCACUCUGUCGCGUCGUGUUCAUCAUCUAUUUCAUCAUCGUAUGGCAUCAUUUGAUAGCGGAUCCUCCUGUGGUGAACAAUAACGGCAUCAGCAGCAGCUUCUCAUUCCCACGAGAAGAGAAAUAGGAUGAAAGGGAAGACAUGACACGUCCGCUCUGCUCUCACCUCUCUCUUUCAGCGCACUUCAUCUGAGUAAAACUGCAGUAGCACCGAUUGGAGUAUAUAAAGCGUCAUGAGCGGCGGCUUUACUUCACAAAUACAUUCACGCGCUUCCCUCGUCACAUCUCUGACUAGAGCGCACGCGACAUAUCCACACACAGUGUUAAUCUGCAGUUGAGUUUGUGGACGGAUAAUUCUUCAUCUCUUCAGGAGGUCUGGACAUCAUGAAGUGUGUUUUGUAUUGUGUAUUUUUCCUCCAUCUGUGGAUUACACACAACAGCAGCAUAUGUGCGUCUCAUCAAGGUAUUCCCCUGUCAGUUGUCAAACUUUGGGCUUCAGCGUUUGGUGGAGAGAUUAAAUCCAUUGCGGCCAAGUAUUCUGGCUCUCAGCUGCUGCAAAAGAAGUACAAGGAGUUUGAGCAGUCGGUCAGCGUGGAGGAGAUUGAUGGAAUCAAACUGGUGAAGAGACUUGCUAAAAAAAUGGAGCAGAUGUUCCACAAGAAGGCUGAAGCCAUAAAGCGGUUGGUGGAAGCAGCAGAGGAAGCCCACCUGAAUCAUGAGGAGGAUCCUGACCUACAGUACGAGUACUUUAAUGCAGUGUUAAUCAAUGAGAUGGAUGAGGAGGGCAAGAGUGUGGAGCUGGGUGGAGAAUUCAUCCUGCAGCCAAAUGAACAUUUCAAUAAUCUGUCUGUAAACCUCAGCCUCAGUGUCGUCCAGGUGCCCACUAACAUGUACAACAAAGACGCAGCCAUAGUGAAUGGGGUGUACUGGUCAGAGGCUCUAAAUAAGGUGUUUGUGGACAACUUUAAUAGAGACCCUUCUCUCAUAUGGCAGUACUUUGGUAGCGCCAAAGGUUUCUUCAGACAGUAUCCAGGUAUAAAGUGGACACCUGAUGAACAUGGGGUUCUAGAAUUUGACUGUCGAAAUCGAAAAUGGUAUAUCCAGGCAGCUACGUCUCCUAAAGAUGUGGUCAUUUUGGUGGAUGUGAGUGGCAGUAUGAAGGGGCUACGGCUGACCAUAGCUAGACAGACGGUCUCCUCCAUAUUGGAUACACUUGGGGAUGAUGACUUUUUUAACAUUAUUGCUUACAAUGAGGAGCUGCAUUAUGUGGAGCCGUGUCUGAAUGGAACAUUGGUUCAGGCUGACAUUACCAACAAAAAUCAUUUCCGUCAACGUCUUGAUAAGCUCUUUGCUAAAGGUAUAGGCAUGCUGGACAUGGCUCUGACUGAGGCCUUCGAACUUCUCAGUAAUUUUAAUCAGACAGGCCGAGGCAGUGUGUGCAGUCAGGCCAUCAUGUUGGUGACGGAUGGAGCCGUGAAAACGUAUGACGCUGUCUUUGCCAUGUACAACUGGCCUGACAGAAAGGUGCGUGUAUUCCCGUACCUGAUUGGUCGGGAGUCUGCCUUUGCUGAUAAUCUGAAAUGGAUGGCUUGCGCUAAUAAAGGUUAUUUUACCCAGAUCUCCACACUGGCAGAUGUUCAGGAGAACGUGAUGGAGUAUCUGCAUGUGCUCAGUCGGCCGAAGGUCAUUGAUCGAGAGCAUGACAUGGUGUGGACAGAAGCCUACGUUGAUAACACUCGUCCACAGGCUCAAAAGUUGGAAGAUUCUCAGGGUCCUGUGCUCAUGACUACUGUGGCCAUGCCUGUGUUCAGCACCAAGAACGAGACCAGAAAUAAAGGAAUUCUUCUUGGAGUGGUUGGCACAGAUGUUCCAGUGUCUGAAAUACUGAAGGCUAUCCCCAAAUACAAGCUGGGAAUCCAUGGUUAUGCCUUUGCCAUCACCAACAACGGAUACAUACUCACCCAUCCAGACCUGCAGCCUCUGUAUGAAGAAGGGAAAAAGAGGAGAAAAUCCAGCUACAGCAGUGUGGAUCUGUCUGAGGUGGAGUGGGAAGACAAGGAGGAUGAGUUGCGUAAUGCCAUGGUGAACAGACAGACAGGAAGCUUCUCCAUGAAAGUGAAGAAAACUGUGGAUAAAGGGAAGCGUGUGCUUGUUCUACACAAUGACUACUACUACACAGACAUCAAAGGAACUCCCUUCAGCUUAGGAGUGGCCCUGUCUAGAGGUCAUGGCAAAUAUUUCUUCAGAGGAAAUAUAUCUGUUGAAGAAGGACUACAUGAUUUGGAGCAUCCAGAUGUUGUGUUAGCAGAUGAAUGGACAUACUGUAACACAGAGGAACAUCCAGAACAUCAUUUCCUAUCUCAGAUCGAUGCCAUUAAGCUCUAUUUUAAUGGAGAACCACAUCUGAAGUGUGAUAAGGAUCUGAUCCAGGAGGUUCUGUUUGAUGCCGUGGUCACAGCACCACUGGAAGCGUACUGGACCAGCCUUGCUCUUAAUAAAUCAGAGAACUCUGAUAAAGGGGUGGAGAUAGCUUACCUCGGCACUCGAACCGGACUAUCACGCAUCAACCUUUUUGUGAUGCCAGACCAACUAACCAAUCAAGACAUCCUGACAGCAGAGGAUAAGGAGGUGGUGUUCAGUGCUGAUCAUUUUCCUCUGUGGUACAAACGGGCUGCUGAACAGGUGCCUGGCACCUUUGUCUACUCCCUUCCAUUCAACACAGCCUCUGAGAACAAGAGUGUGGUUUUGGCCAGCAGCGCCAUUCAUUUGUUGGAUGAGAGAGAGUCGCCCAUCGCUGCAGCUGUGGGUAUUCAGAUGAAACUAGAGUUCUUCCAGAGGAAGUUCUGGACUGCCAGCAGACAGUGUGCAGCACUUGACGGGAAGUGUUCCAUCAGCUGUGACAAUGAUGAUAUCAGCUGUUACCUCAUAGACAACAAUGGAUUCAUUAUUGUGGCAGAGGAUCUGUCUUUGACUGGUGUGUUCUUUGGGGAGGCUGAGGGAGCUGUGAUGAGCAAACUGGUUUCAAUGGGUUCUUUUAAGAGGGUGAAUCUUUAUGACUAUCGGGCCAUCUGUAGGGUGUACGCACAGACCAGUGAUACAGCACACACACUCUUACACCCAUACUUUGCUCUGUUCGCAGCUAUCCGGUGGCUACUGACUGAGUUUGUCAUAUUUCUGGUUGAGUUCAACCUGUACAGCUGGUGGUACUCUGACCUCACCAUUAAGGCUCAGAGAGGAGGCAAAACUAUGUUGGUCCCUUGUGAUACAGAGUAUCCAGCAUUCGUGUCUGAGCGCACCAUUAAGGAAACUGUUGGGAAUAUCGACUGUGAAAGCUGUGUUAAAUCAUUUGUCAUUCAGCAGAUUCCCAGCAGUAAUCUUUUCAUGGUGGUCAUUGACAAUGCAUGUGACUGCAGUGACUUUGGACCCGUCACCAUGGACCCCAUCGAAAUUAUGUAUAACGAGUCACUGAAAUGUGAAAGGUUGAAGUUUCAGAAAGACAGAAGGCGACCAGACACGUGCCACCCCUUCCAUCAUGAGGAAAACUCGAUGGAGUGUGGCGGUUCCGUGAGCUUGACUCCAUCACUAACAGCUACAGUUCUUGUAGUUCUGAUAGUCACCAUCUUCCCCAGGUGAUGAAAACAGGCUCCGCCCCCUUUCCCCCCUCGGCCAGUUUGACUCCGUCCAGCAUGCAAAAAGUGUUUAUUUACACUGAAAAACUUAACUCAUCAAAAUCACUUGUUGAUAGACAGCUACAUAAAGCAAAAAAAAAAAAUAAUAAUCUUUUUAGUAAUAUUAAUAUUUUAAGGUAACGCUUUAUAAAAAGGUCUCAUUUAUUAACAGUAGUUAAUGCACAACUAACAUGAACUAACAAUGAGCAAUACAUUUGUUACAGUAUUUAUUAAUCUUUGUUAAUGUUAGUUAUGUUCCUCAUGUACAUACUAUGUACUUAUUAUAGUAAUUGUAAUAGCUGGGUAAUAACUAGGCACUAAGCCUGAACUUACCCCGAAACCUAACCUUAACCCAUGUAGUUACCUUAUAUUACCCAGUACUUUCUUAAGUACGUACACUGUACGUAUAUGUAAGUGCACAUACUGUAAAACAAAGUGCAACCAAAAUUUUUUUGUUCAUGUUAGUUCACAACUAAUGUAAACAGAUACAACAUUUAAUAUCGUAUUAGUAAAUGUUGAGAUUAACUAAAAUUAAUAAAUGCUGUAUAUAAGUAUUGUUCAUUGUUAGUUCAUGUUAACUAAUGUAGUUAACUGAUGUUAACAAAUGAAACCUUAUUGUAAAGUCUUAACAUAUUUUAUGUACACAUAGUUAAUAGGAAACAUUUUACAAACAAGGCUACAGGAGACUGGUAACUGUGCUAAUUAAUUGAAUUUAAGUAGAAUUCAUAAAUAUCUACAAGCAAAUACAAUUGUCAUAAAUUUGAAAUUUCUUGUUCUGUAACAAGUUAUACUAUUUAUGAUUUUCAGCCAUACAACUGUGACAAUGCAAUAGUACGUGUUUAACAAGAGUGGAUGUUCUAUGUGAACAUUGCCUUACAAUAAGAGAUACAACUACAGUUUGUGUACUUUUGAAAUAAAUCUUUUUAAAAAUACAGAGACAAA